CGAAGUUAGAUCUGGUCAUAUGCUAGGGUAGGUCGCCACUGAUCAGACCUUUUGUCGAGGCCGAUGGAUAUUGCAGUUGGAGAAAAUAAGUUAUUUCGGGGCUCUAUGACACUUGAGCUCUGAUCCCGAAUAUGUGGGUUCACAACAGAUUCAGCCGAUUGAGAACCAAGCAAUAAGACUUCAAGACAGUCUGAGUUUGACGCACUAGAUGUGGCUUCGGCGAAUCGCGGAAGCAAAGUCACGGGACCUCAGCGACUCUGUUCGUCUACUUAAAAUCUCAAGAUGUCGAAAGCCUCGCAGCCUGAGCUGAAGAAGUUUAUGGACAAGCGACUCUCUGUUAUUCUUCAGGGAGGAAGAAAAGUAUCUGGUGUUUUACGGGGCUUCGAUAUCUUCCUUAAUCUGGUGCUUGACGAGGCUCGGGAAGAAUCUGGCCUCGUAGCGGCCAGUGGUGGCCCCAAGAACCAGUUGGGGCAGAUCGUUAUACGCGGAAAUAGUGUCACAUCUAUGGAAACGCUGGAAGCUGUUCGAGGAUAAGAGAUUGUAGUAUUUGUUUGGCGCUCUAGGCGCUUCACCACGACCCCCCCUUGUACCGAUGAUUUGGACGAAUGCCUGUGGCCGAUGUCUAUAUGGUGCG